AUGGCUCCCAAGCUUUCUCAUCAUAUCAUCUUAGAAGCUUUGUUUCUUCUUUUUUUAAUUCAAGCGUUAUUUGUUAAAUCUGAAUCCCAAUUUUCCAAAUCCCUCCGUUUAUUUCAUGAAGCUCGUAAAGGAUACACAAUCGAGGGGCUUAAUCAUGUCAAACAAUACUUGGAAGCCUUGGGCUAUUAUUCCAUUGGUGGAAGCAAUCUGACUGAUGAUUUCGAUGACUCGUUAGAAUCUGCACUUAAAGCUUAUCAACAACAUUAUCGUCUCGAGAUAACCGGAAGGAUGGACUCCGAUACCAUGAAGAAAAUGUCGAUCCCUCGAUGUGGAGUCCGGGAUAUCUUUGACUACUCAAAUGAUGGUGUCAAGUUUAUCACGGUAGCAAACUAUAGCUUUUUCGAGGGGAUGCCCCGAUGGAACAAGCGUCAAUUGACCUACAAAUUUCGCUCUAGUGCACACGUGAUUAGUGUUCGACGAUUAAGGCCUAUCAUCACUAGGGCAUUGCAGAAAUGGGCAGUUGUAUCCGAUUUCACAUUUCGCGAAGUGAGGUUUUUUAGUCGAUCGGACGUUGUGUUGGGAUUUCACCGACGUGGCCACGGGGACAACUACCCUUUCGAUGGUCCCGGAAAUGUUCUGGCUCAUGCUUUUGCACCACAAUACGGCAAGCUUCACUUCGAUGCCGAUGAGAAUUGGAGUAGUAAUAAUCUUACAAGAUUUAACCAAAUUGAUUUAGAAUCUGUAUCUAUUCAUGAACUAGGACAUAUAUUAGGACUCGGGCAUAGUCGAGACCCAGAUGCGAUUAUGUACGCAUACUAUAUGCCUGGUUCUAUCAAAAGGGAUCUAAGCCAAGAUGAUAUUGAUGGCAUACGUGCUUUGUAUUCUCACUAGUAACAAAAUGAGAUUUAAAUUAUAGUAAUUUAUGGAUCGAAUCAACUGAGUUAA